GGCAGACAGACCAUGGACUUCAGUGACUUGUACUCCGUCAUGCUCGAGGUGUUCGCCGUCGUUCUGCUCGGAUAUGCCAUCGGCCGUCUCAAACUCAUCACAUCGCAAGAGGCCAAAGGCCUCGGAAGGUUUGCCUCGCUGAUCGCGUUGCCCACGAGUCUUUUCUACAACAUGGCAAAAAUCGACUUCUCGGCGGUCAACUGGAUGUUUUUGCUUGGGAUAUUUUUGACGAAGACUAUUUUGUUUGUGAUGGUGGCCGUUGGAUGUGUUGUCAUGUCAAAACUUGGUAUUGCGAGGGCGGGGCUGUUUGCUAUCUUUGCAACACAGUCGAAUGAUUUUGCGUUCGGAUUGCCGAUAAUCAAUAAUUUGUAUGGAAAGCCUGAGACUGGCUUCAGCUUGGGAGACUACGUCUUUCUCAUUGCUCCAAUCAGUUUCGUCAUCCUCAACCCAAUCGGCUUUGCCAUGAUGGAAUACGGACAGAGCAAACGUCAGGGCAUAUCACGAAGUGCCCUGAAGAUAGCUUGGGUUGUCUUCCGAGGUGUCUUCACUAAUCCUAUUGUCUUCAUGGCAAUGCUUGGCUUGAUUGUCAAUCCAAUUAUUGACCACAAUGUGCCAUCUCUGUUCGAGCCUUUGCUGAAAGUGAUUAGCAGAGCUUUCGAUGGAGUCGCCUUGUUUUAUCUCGGACUGUCAAUGGUGGGAAAACUGAAGCCACUACCCGGACUGAAGAUCAUAAUUCCGAUUGCACUCAUCAUAAUCAAGCUACUCGUUUUGCCUCUUAUUGCUAACCAGAUGGUCAAUGCAUUGGUUGAUUCGGAUACUUCAAGUGGCAACUCGUCGACCGACGGUAGUGAUUUGUCGACAUUUGCGUUUGUAUACGGGACAAUUCCCACAGCACCUGCUCUCAUCUUUUUCGCCAAUCAGUAUGCGUUGGAAUUCGAUUUGGUUGCAACGUCAUUGGUUCUCUGCACGUUUUUGUCUGCUCCAAUUAUAUUUGUCUCCGCCCACAUGCUAUCGCUGAAUGAACUGAAGAAAGGCGAUCUGGAAGAUGAACUGGAGACAUCACUAUUGUACGUUAGCGCUCUGUGCAUUGCAGGAUUGCUGUGGGUGAGUUUCAUGUUUAUUUUGGCCAAACGGUAUAGGCGCUUCCUUCACAGACUUACCUUGAUAAUGAUGGCAACUUUGUUUAUUGCAUCUCUUGCUAUCGUUACUCUUCGUUCAACCGAAGGUUACUGCCCUGAUAAUUCGCGUGUUGUCGCUCAGUUUUGGUUUCAGCUCGUCGGAGUGUUUGGAGGUCGUUUUGCAGCGGCUGCAGUGUCCGUUGGGCUCGUUCUUGUUUAUCAGUUUCCGCAUGAGCGUUGGGCAAAGGCGUUUUCCGUCCUCGCUGCAAUAUCAAUCAUAGUUCCGGUUGUGCUGACGACUAUGCUGGUCGGAAUCGGUUCUAUUGAUACGUCAGAACAUUUCGCGUGCUCUAACAACUCGGCAAACGGAAGUGAGAAACUCAGAUUCAGCCACACUGGCUCAGGCAGGUUUAUAUACGGCAAUGGACAGCUAAUUUUGAGCCUCCUUGUGCUCUUACUGUGCGUCAUUGUUUGCAUCUGCUGCCUCGUCAAAGUUGGCCGCCUCUACCGAAAACGCAGUAGGCAACAACAGACGUCUAUCCAACGAGACAUUCCAAGUGACAGUACAGAGAUAGAACUCACCUCUGUCUCAUCACCAGUCUCUCUUGCGUCAAGCAUCAAUCCACUAACUAACGACAACCUUAACACUUUGCCUUCGUCUUCACUUGCAUUGGGGGCUACCACAGAUGCCUCGGGUAUUGAGCGUGAUCGAUCACCUCUUGUGCUGAGGAAGGGAAGUCAAGUGUUGAAGACGCCCAGUUUUCCUGCAGCUGUCGACAUUCAGUCGGAUGAAGACCGGGCUGAGAGAGAGUCGAUGGCGUUUUUCGAGGCGAGCAUUGAUGAGGACGACAGUGUGCCUAAUCAACAGACGACGAGACAUCUGUUGUUGAUUCUUUACUCGAUACUGUCGAUGCUAGUUGGCAUAUUUCUCCUCAUAUGGCACCUACUAGAUCAAACAGACUCAGCCGUAUUCUACGAGCUGGGGUUUCUAGACGGAGCCCUCAACUACGGCCAGGGCAUUGUAAUAUUCGCUCUUUUCGGAUUCGACAAAUUUCCAAUCUUUGUUGCCUUGCAACGACGUUGGAGGCGUUACUUCUACAAUGUGGAGACAAUCUACGUGCCGCCGCAAGACAAACUAGACAACGAGACGCGAACCAUUUGUGCCGCGUUUAAGGAAUCUCACUUGGCUAACUGUAAACGAGAAAUCGUGACGGACAGAAAGUAUCGUUUGCGUACAUACAAAGACGUUUUUUCCGGCUGCCAGAUGGUCGCUUGGCUAAUGGACGCGAACAUCGUGCACGACAGCGGCGAGGCGGUGGAGUACGGACGCGCGCUAAUUCGCGGGCAAGUCAUACGUCACGUGAAGGGCGAGCACGACUUCCACGACAUACACUACUUUUACCAGUUCUUCGCCGAUCUCUCAACAGUUGCAACUGAUCAAAGUGAUUAGAGUUGGUUACUCUAGGUCAUCAAUAAUUAUGAUAUGACAUUUUUAUGAAGGUGUAAUUAAUAUUAACUAAUGACGUAUAUAUACUGCUGUUGUUGAAAGUUUGUUUGUUGAUUUAGAUUCAUGCCUGUUGUGUCGAAUGUUGAAUUUACUGUACACGUGAUUUUACAAAACAAGUUAAAGUUUCGGGCA